AUGUCGUCCUCCGGUGUUCCAGACCACUUCGUCGACCUAAGGAGAAUGCAUGUGAUCUCAAUUGAUAUCCACAUUCCACCAAAAGUUGUUCUUCAUUAUGCGCAUGUAACGGCAAGGCCCGCUACUUUUGACGCCGCUCAGACAGUCCCAGAACAGUCCCUCCAAUCUCGCAAGCCUGACUUCAUCCACACCAUCACGCUCGACCGUGAGCACUGGCCCGGCGGCCGGAUAGCGCGGAAAUUUGGCACCUCUGUAUACCAGCGGUCGCAUUGCUCGUUGCAGUCAAACGCCGGAGACUCGGCUUAUCUGAUCUGCUCCGCCUGUGCAUGCGAGAUACAGGCCAUCGGGCGGAGAAUAUGCGACCGUCCUCUCAUGCACAAGCGGAGGGCGUGCAUGGCUGUCACCGGCCUGGUCCUUGGAUACAUGCCCAACCACAACCAGUCGUAUGCCGGCCAGUCGGAGACAUUCCUGCGUUCUCGAGCGUCGUACAGCAACAAACGGGACUUCAACGUCAGUCUGCGGUAG